AUAAAGAAAUUCAGCUAGUAGUGGGAUCUGUCGUGGACUGAGUUUGAUUCCAAGAUCAGAAGAAGCAGGACCAGUGAGAAAUAGCACAGACAUAUUUGCAAAAGCAGCCCUCCCACGUUAGGAAGAAGGGAUACUUUUGCACAGUGAACAGCACUACAACUGCUCAUCUCUUUCAUGUACUAUCACACAUGGAAUGACUGAGAUAAUCCUGUGUUCCACACAUAGUCCUCCCUGCCCCUAAUGAAUAGAGAAACCCAAUUUCACCUUGGCUAUCUCUAGAUCAAUUACCUGUUAAUAGGUCUGCUGUUUUCUUUACCGUUAGUUUCAAGAAGAACUAAAUAUCCCUGAAUGGUAUUUCAGUUUCCACUUAAUGAAACCUGUCAUCUAAAGCCAGACCCUGGCCUCAGCACAAGCUCUAGCGCAGACCCCAGCACCCGCUCUGCCUGGUCCUGCUCUUCUAGGGCCCUUCCCUGGUGGCCGUGUGGUCAGGCUGCACCCAGUCAUUUUGGCCUCCACUGUGGACAGCUACGAGAGACGCAACAAGGGUGCUGCCCGAGUUAUCGGGACCCUGUUGGGAACUGUCAACAAACACUCAGUGGAGGUCACCAAUUGCUUUUCAGCGUCACACAAUGAGUCAGAUGAAGUGGCUGUUGACAUGGAAUUUGCUAAGAACAUGUAUGAACUGCCUAAAAAAGUUUCUCCAAAUAAGCUCAUCUUGGGGUGGUACGCUGCAGGCCAUGACAUCACAGAGCACUCUGUGCUGAUCCAUGAGUACUACAGCCGAGAGGCCCCCAACCCCAUCCACCUCACUGUGGACACAAGUCUCCAGAACGGCCAUAUGAGCAUCGAAGCCUAUGUCAGCACUUUAAUGGGUGUCCCUGGGAGGACCGUGGGAUUGUUCACACCUCUGACAGUGAAAUACGCAUACUAUGACACUGAAUGCAUCAGAGUUGACCUGAUCAUGAAGACCUGCUUUAGCCCCAACAGAGUGGUUGGACUCUCAAGUGACUUGCAGCAAGUAGGAGGGGCAUCAGCUCGCAUCCAGGAUACCCUGAGCAUAGUGUUGCAAUAUGCAGAGGAUAUACUAUCUGGAAAGGUGUCAGCUGACAAUACCAUCAGGAAGGUGGGCCACUUCCUGAUGAGCCUGGUUAACCAAGUACCAAAAAUAGUUCCCGAUGACUUCGAGACCAUGCUCCACAGCAACAUCAAUGACCUGUUGAUGGUGACCUAACUGGCCAACCUCACACAGUCACAGAUUGCCCUCAAUGAAAAACUUGUAAACCUGUGAAGGGACCCCAAGCAGUACGCUUGCUGGUCUAGGUCUUAACCCCAGGACUCAGAAGUGAAGGAAAAAUGGUUUUUUUUGUGGUCUUGAGUCACACUGAGACAGUCAACUGUGUGUGACUCUAAUAAUCAUAGCCUACCUUUUGUAAAUUAAAAAAAAAAAGAAGUUAGUUUCCUCCCUGGGGAAUCAAUAUCUCUAAAUGAGGAGAACCCAAAGUUUCACAAAAGGGAAGAAAAAGUUUGCAAGUGCAAAUUAGGCAUAAUAGUGCAGGGAGCCCCCUCCCCUUGACUUUCAGUUUCAUGUGUUUUUGUUGUAAGAUAAAUAACACUACAUGGUGGUCACUGACUCUAAGUUUAUACCACACACUGUAGGACAACAUCCCAACCUCACUAUGUGUUGUUUACCAGCUGGGAGCAUUAACUGAGUUACAUGAUUCCAUUCCAUCAUGUCAGAUUCUUCUAAGUGAUGGGGAUUAUGUUGUAAAUCCAAUGAAU